AUGGGACGUCUUCGCCGUAAAAGAAUGCAUAAAAACAUCAAAGACCAAAAGAAAAAGUAUCGAACAAGACGACGAACGAAGGACAUCGAUCAGAUUCACACAGAUUUAGAAGCAGGAAACUCGGUGAAAUUAUCGUCACAGAAUGACCCAGACCUGCCAGGCAGUGGACAGCAUUACUGUCUGCAGUGUGC